AGAGAGAGAGAGAGAGAGGGUGAGUGUAGGUGCACAGCUAUGCGACCAGCUCAAACUAGUUCGGAGAAACACAAAGAGCAGCAGAGAUCAUAGAGAGAGCUGAACACUGACACACGCUCACAGCACAGCAUCAUAUUCACAGCAAUAAGAAUGCGGAGUUUAUUCUCUAUAGCACUUGUGCUGCUGGUGGUGUUGAUGAUCACCGCCGAAGCCAGUAUGAAGAAAAAAGAAAAGGGCAAAGAGCCCAAAGCAGAUGCCGAGUGCAGUGAAUGGCAGUAUGGGAAAUGCGUGCCCAACAGCGGCGACUGUGGCUCCGGCAUUCGGGAGGCGACCUGCAACGAACAAACAAAGAAAACCAAAUGCAAAGUCCCAUGCAACUGGAAGAAAGACUUCGGCGCUGACUGCAAGUACAAGUUUGGUCGCUGGGCUGAAUGUGACACCACUACAGGAACCAGAAGCAGGUCUGGGACAUUGAAGAAGGCACUGUACAACGCUGAAUGCCAGACCACCAUUAAAGUGUCCAAACCUUGCACCCCAAAGACCCCCAAACCUAAGGGAGGCGAGAAGAAGAAAGGAAAAGGGAAGGAAAACUAACUUGAAGACCGCCCCCAACAACCCCAUUGCCCACUCAGUGGUACAUUCCUAUGUGACACUCCCCAAUCCUCCAAAAGGUGAAUGCUGAGAGGAAAAAAACAAAAAACAAAAAAAAACAAAAAAAAAACUGUAGCCCUACCUGUGGUUUUUAUUUCCACUUUCUUUGUUUUGUAAUUAGUAAAUGUACGUGUCUAUGCUGUUGUAAUUUGAUCUCUGUAGCGAAUUUUUAAUUGUAAUUGACUUUGCAUGUAUAAAACGGGCCGCAGCAAAUCUGUUGUCUAACAAAUUGUCUGUACUAAAGAGAAAAUUUGGUGAGAGCCUAAUUAUGCCCCUAAACAAAAGUAUUUGUAAAUUGCAGCAAACCGAAUGAAGACGAUUUCUGUACGUUAUAACACGUAAGCUGAAUGCUCAAAUGAACGUCGCUCCUGGAAGUAACGGCCUAUAUAAAGUAUCUAUGUUUAUAAAUGUUUAUGUUUUUAGAUUUGAUGGAUGUACAAUCAAAUUUACACCACUAACUGAUUACCUUCUACAGGUUGUGAAUAAAUGAAAGUGUAUUUUCAA